GCACGACUAGAAGGGACUUUGCUGCCAGAAGUACCCCGGCUCGCGCGCUACGACCGCCAUGAAGUCGUGGUUUGCAUUCAAGCAGAAAACCAAAUUCAAGUUCUCGAACGCAGGCGUCAGUCACAGAAUUAAUAUUUCCCGCACCGCGCAGACUCUUGUCGUACUUCAAGUCCAUGGAGACGCGAUUUAUGCCGCUUCCUUGACAAGUGUAUCCCAGCUCUUGACAUCUGAGAUACGAUACGAGCGGCCCCCCUCACCACUUUGCAGUUAAGUCAAAGUCCUGCCUCGCACUGUUCAUCAUCCGCUGAGGCCGUCCGCAGGUAUAUAAGUCGCUCACCUUCUCCCACAAUCUCCAGCUUCUCAUCUGCAGUAGCUACCCACAGUUCCUUCCUCGAAUCGUUCGCCAUCAGCACAAUGGUCCACCGCAUCCUCUCCCUCGUCUUCGUCGCCAUCGCCAUCGCGAGCCACGCUGCCCAGGCGUCGCCCACCCCAGGGCUACAGGUCCGCGACGCCAACACCGGCCUCCACGUCCUCGACGGCCUGGCGGUCCUCGAAGAGGUCCCCGAGGAGGCCGCUUACGGCACCGUCGACGAGUCCACGGGCAACAUCUACCCAUUCGCCGCGAACGGCACGGCGCUUGGUGUGGUGGUGGAGAACGGGAAUGGCGCCACCGACAUGGCAGGCUACACCGGCGACACCGACGGGAUGCAGGACAACAGCACCGCGCUCGUGUCGCGCGCGGCGCAGGCCAGGGGCUGCACGGCGCUGGACUCGAAGACGGUGCAGACGAUCCCCGGCUGGAAGAGGCUCUCGGGCCUCGCGGAUAGCCAGAUCAGCACAAGGGCCCGCAACAUCGGGACGAACGAGGGCCCCGACCUGCCCGCGACGAUCUGCAUCACCACUAAGCCCAUAGACAUCGCGGUCAAUGGCAAACCCAAGUGCUCGGAUAACAAUCAGAGCAUUGAAGGCCACUUCGUCGGGACCAACGGCGCGGUCGAGUUCUCGGUGUUGACCGGGAUGGACGCCACGAUCCAGAGCACGACGACGCGGACGACCACCUUUGGCAUCGGCGUCACCUACGGCGCGUCGUUCGAGCUCCCCGGGGUGUCGGUCGGGGCCGAGACGACGAUCAGCUCCGAGAUCUCGAACAGCUACGGGGAGACUACCUCCGGAAGCAGCCUGCACCAGGUCACCUCGAAGGUCACCGCGGACCACAAGGAUGGGCAGCAGUGCACGAUCAAUCUUAACACGAAGACCUGCACCACGCACGGGAGCGCGAAUAUCCCCUUCAUCGCGCGCGGCGUCGUCUGGUUCAACUACCACGACCGCGUCAAGGGGCAUUACAAGUGCAAGGCGGCGUACGGGGUCGUUUGCAAGGCGAAGUGAGGGGCCGGUUGCAAGGCGAAGUGAGGGGUCGGUUGCAAGGCGAAGUGAGGGGUCGGUUGCAAGGCGAAGUGAGGGGUCGGUUGCACGGCGAAGUGAGGGGUCGUCUGCAAGGCGAAGUGAGGCGAGGGGAAGCGAGGCUGUGAAAUCGGGGAUAGGAGGAAGUGAGGGGGAGGGGGAAAGGAGGCGAGGCGGAAGUACGAGGGCGGUAAGGGGGGUGAGGAGGGAGU